AUGUCGCAGGGCAAGCACAAGAAGAAUGCUUCCAAAGAAGCAAAACUUAAAUUCUUCACGCAGAAACCCAGCCAAACGGCUCUGCACGUGCAGGCAACAACCCGGGAUGGCGGAGGCUCCUCGGACGAGGGCAGCUCAUCCCCUGAGACAGGGGAACCAACCCUAAACACUGCCUUAACCAAGCGGCACCUACAAGAAGCCAUGGAGGCACU